GAUAAGACCAAGGAGAAGAGAGAGAUUGCGCAAAUGCAAUGAAAAUGAAAACGAAAUUGAAUGGAAAGGGUGGCAGAGGUAGGUUCCUUGCAUUCAACGCAUCUUUCGUUGCUUAGGUUUGGCUUCGGAUUUGGGUUCGGAGUUUUGUGUAGACUUGUUCAGGAUAAGAACGACCUCCACUCUCUCUCCCUCUCUCUCUCUCUCCAAGUCUCUUGCAUUGCUGCUUCUCUUUAUAGAAGAACUCCAUUUUCUCUUGCAGCUACCUUGAAUUCUCCUAAGCCUUUUCUUUCUUUGAAGUUAUUAUAUAGCUUUACAUUCUCUCUCAUUAGGAGCAAAACACACGCCUUUACUCAAUAGAAGCAGAGUGCUCUGUUUUUCAUAAGCUUUAUUCAAGCUGGCAAUCGAAAAUCAGGAAACCACUAUCAAGCCUAGAAACAGGAGAAUCAUGGGUGCUGGAGGACCUGAGGACGACGACAACAGGUGGCCGCAAUGGCUAAGGCCUUUGUUAAAGGAGAGCUUCUUUGUUCAAUGCAAGUUGCAUGCUGAUUCCCACAAGAGUGAAUGCAAUAUGUAUUGCUUGGAUUGCAUGAAUGGCGCUCUCUGUUCCCUCUGCCUAGCCUACCAUAAGGACCACCGCGCAAUUCAGAUAAGGAGGUCCUCAUACCAUGAUGUGAUAAGGGUAUCUGAGAUACAGAAGGUGCUGGACAUAUCUGGUGUCCAGACUUAUGUAAUCAACAGUGCGAGGGUUGUUUUCUUGAAUGAAAGGCCUCAGCCUAGGCCUGGCAAAGGUGUCACCAACACCUGCGAGGUUUGCGAUCGCAGCCUUCUUGAUUCCUUCCGUUUCUGCUCCCUUGGCUGCAAGGUUGUUGGGACAUCAAAGAAUUUUCAGAAGAAGAAGAAACAACAGAAAGCAAUGAUGUCAGAUUCAGAGGACUCUUACAGCAGCAGCAGCCAUGGCCGAUACAAGAACAAUAGCAACAACGACAAAGCGCAAAGCUUCUCUCCCUCCACACCUCCUCCAACUUUGGUCAGUUACCAAACUGCCAAGCGAAGAAAGGGAAUCCCCCACCGCGCCCCAAUGGGAGGACUAAGCAUAGAAUACUAGCUAUAGCCUAUAGUGCUUUUGAUCAAUUAUGCAAUCACCUGAUAUACCAACCCAAUGCUGCAGCCCCCUUGGACCAGCAUGGGAGGUUUAGUGCUUUCUAGCAUGUACAUAGAAGCAGCAGCAGCAGAAAAUAGAAGUGUCAAAGUUGGAGAAAAGGACAAUAAGAUAAAAUAUGUGGACUGGCUGGCAAAUAAUAAGAAGUAGCCCUUGUAUCGUAAAAGGAAAUUAGUUUGGCUUUUAGAGUGAUUAUACAUAAGUUUUGUUAAAAAAUUGUAAAUAUUAGUAGUGUUUUUAGAGUGGUUAUAAAAUAAGAGAUUUUAUAUGUGUGUGUGUAAUGUUGUUUCCCUUUUUUUUUUUCAUUUUUAUGGCUGCCGUGUUUAGUGGGUUCUGACACGUGCGGAUUCAGUUCUAACAUUGGUCGGUCUGCCUUAAUACGUGUUGAAGCUUAAUUGGUUGCAGGAAUCCAACUUGUGUCGUGAUUCUCAGAAUCAUAAAAGUUGGUGAGCCGCCCCCCUGUGUAACGUGUGUGUGGUGGCCGGUGGUCAAAGUUGCUCAUGUGGGACACUAUAAAAAACAGUUCUUUCCACACUCA